GCCCGGCUGCCUGGCCCCUCACCUUCCUCACGCAGACUCGGGAUGCCGAGUCCGGUGCCCGUGCCCUCCCUGGGAGGUGUGAGGUCCGCUCCCCUGCUCCCCGCCGCGAGGACACCGGGGUGUCCAAUGGAGCAAGCCAAGCCUGAACUCUGAGAGCCCCAAAGCUCAGGGGGCAUUGCAUUCCCGAUUUCUCCGACAUUCAGGGAGGCGGUCGGAGCGGGGAAGUAAUUUGUCCAAAGUCACGAGGAUUAUUGGUCACAGAGUGUAGGUCGCAAAGCUGGAAGGGCCGCAGGAAACCCAGCUCUCAAGUCCAGGGGAGAGCUGGGUGGUGCGCGGCCGGGGCUGGCCCCCAGGCCCGGAUGCUGGGCUCCGACCUUCCUGCAGUAUAGCGGUUUGAGAAGAAGCUGCCCGAGCUGACGCCGGUGAGGCGGCCGAGAUGGCAGAGCCCUACGUGAAGAAGCUGUCCACCAUCCUGCUGGAGGCCAUCACCGACAAGGACCCUCUGGUGCAGGAGCAGGUCUGUGGCGCCCUGUGUGCCCUCGGAGAGGCGCAGCCAGCGGAGGUGCUCCGAGCCUGUGAGGAGUACCUGUGGCAGCACGAGAAGUUGGCACAUCCUUACCGGACGAUGAUCCUGAGGGCCAUGGAGACGGUCGUGAGCAGUCACAUCAGUGACCUGGACAAGGACAUGGCCAGGGCUGUCAUCUUCCUGGCCUCCAGCGAGAUGACCAGGGUGAAGGACUUGGUGUGUGACUGGCAGCAGGCUGCCAGCAACGUCCUGGUGGCUGUUGGGAAGCAGUUCAUCGGCCUGGUGAUGGAGGAGGUGCUGAGCAAGUUCCAGCCUGGGGCCCUGCCGCACUACUUCGUCGUGCAGACCCUCGCCAACCUGGCGGCUUCCAACGUGUUCGGCAUGGUGCCCUUCCUGACGUCCAUCCUGAGCACCAUGCUCCCCAUGCUGGGCAUGGCCAAGCACGAUACGAUGAGGGUGGCGUUUUGCUGUGCCCUGCAGCACUUCAGCGAGAGCACCCUGGAGUACGUGGCCAACCUGGACCAAGCCCCAGACCCCACGGUCAGGAAGGACACCUUUGCCACUGACAUCUUCAGUGCCUACGACAUCCUCUUUAACCACUGGCUACAGAGCCGUGAGGCCAAGCUCCGGCUCGCCGUGGUGGAGGCUCUGGGGCCCAUGAGCCACCUGCUGCCCGGUGAGAAGCUGGAGGAGCAGCUCCCCAAGCUGCUGCCGGGGGUCCUGGCCCUCUACAGGAAGCACGCCGAGACCUUCCACGUGUCCAAGAGCCUGGGCCAGAUCCUUGAGGCUGCGGUGAGCGUGGGCAGCCGCACGCUGGAGGCCCAGCUGGACGCGCUCCUGGCUGCUCUACACGCUCAGAUCUGUGUGCCCGUGGAGUCGUCCAGCCCUCUGGUGGUGAGCAACCGAAAGGAGGUGUUACGCUGCUUCACUGUGCUGGCGUGCUGUUCGCCUGACCGCCUGCUGGCCUUCCUGCUGCCCAAGCUCGAUGCCAACAACGAGAGGACCCGCGUGGGCACCCUGCAGGUCGUGAGGCACGUCAUCAACUCAGCUGCUUCUCAGAUGGAAGUGAAGAAGCCCUUUAUUCUCUCCUCCAUGAGGCUUCCUCUUCUGGACACCAACAGCAAGGUGAAGCGGGCAGUGGUGCAGGUGAUCAGUGCCAUGGCACACCACGGCUACCUGGAACAGCCUGGAGGAGAGGCCAUGGUCGCGUACAUCGUGCAGCAGUGCGCGCUGCCCCCCGAGGCCGAGGCCCUCCCAUUUCUACGCAUGUCAGUGUUGCCGAAGCCCGUGGCUGGCAGGGAACGUGCAAGGUUUCCUCUAUUCUGGGGACGAGAGCUCAGCCAGCCUCAGAAGCCGGGUCCCGACAGCGAGGACCCCGCCACGGACAGUGUGCGGGACGUCAGCAUCAGCACCCUCUACCUGGUCAGCACCACCGUGGACAGGAUGAGCCACGUCCUCUGGCCGCACCUGCUCGAGUUUCUCACCCCCGUGCGAUUCACCGGGGCGCUGACCCCGCUCUGCAGGAGCCUCGUGCACCUGGCCCAGAAGAGGGAGGAGGUGGGGGUCGAUGCCUUCCUCAUCCAGUACGACAGCAACGUGACCCUCCCUUCACCCUACGCCAUCACCACGAGACUCCUGACCGUGUCUUCCAACCCCUACCUGGGGGACGGCCGCGGGGCCGCCUCGCUGCGUCUCUUGAGCGUCCUGCAUCGUAACAUCCACCCUCUGCUGGGUCAGCGGUGGGCCACCACCGUCCCCCUGCUGCUGGAACACCUGGAUGAACAUACUGAAGAGACCCUGUCCCAGAAGGAGUGGGAGGAAAGGCUGCUGGCGUUCCUUCGGGACACUCUGGCUGUCGUGUCUGACAACACGUGGAUUUGCCAGCUGAGCCUAGAGAUGUGCAGACAGCUGCCCUGCUACAACGGGACGCCCCAGGAGAAGAACUUCCUGUAUAAAUGCAUUGGAACCACGCUGGGUGCCGCUUCGAGCAAGGAGGUGGUGAGGAAGCAUCUGCAAGAGCUUCUGGAGACGGCCAGACACCAGGAGGAGGCCGAGCGCGAGGGCCUCGCCUGUUGCUUUGGGAUCUGUGCCACCUCUCACCUAGAUGAUGUCCUGGCCCAGCUGGAGGACUUCAUGAGGUCAGAUGUGUUCAGAAGAUCCACCGGCAUUUUCAACAUUUUUAAGGACCGAAGUGAGAAUGAGGUGGAAAAGGUGAAGUCAACUCUGAUCCUGUGUUACGGCCACGUGGCAGCACGGGCCCCCCGCGAGCUGGUGCUGGCCAAGGUCGAGUCGGACAUCCUCCGGAACAUAUUCCAGUACUUCAGCACCAAGGUUCUGGGAAUAAAGGUAGAGACCAAGGACCCGGCUCUGAAGCUGUGUCUCAUCCAGAGUGUGUGCAUGGCCAGCCAGGCCAUCUGCAGCAGUGCCCAAGCUGGCUCUUUCCACUUCUCGAGGAAAGCCGAGCUGGUGGCACAGAUGAUGGAGUUCAUCAAGGCAGAGCCCCCAGACUCCCUGAGAACGCCCAUUCGGAAGAAGGCCAUGCUUGCCUGCACUUACCUGGUCUCCCUGGAGCCAGCGCUGGAAGAGCGAGUGCAGGCAGACUUGAUCCGCGGCUGUCUACACAGCGUCAUGGCUGUGCUGCCUGAGCCCGAAGGGGAGGAGGACUGCCAGGAGUCCCUGUACCUGGACACCAUGCACGCCCUUGAGGAUUUGCUGACAAGCCUCCUUCGGCGGAACAUGACCCCGCAGGGCCUGCAGAUCAUGGUGGAGCACCUGAGCCCGUGGAUCAGGUCCCCACGGGGCCACGAGAGGGUGCGGGCGCUGGGCCUGAGCGCCUGCCUGCUGCAGCACUUCCUGGAGCACCUGCACGUCAGCGCCCUGGUGCCCUUCCACAACCUGGGCCUCCUCAUUGGCCUCUUCUCCCCACGGUGCGCGGACUUGUGGCCUGCCACCCGCCAGGAGGCUGUGAGCUGCGUCCACGCCCUGCUGUACCUCCAGCUGGGCUAUGAGGGCUUCUCCCGUGACUACCGGGACAAUGUGGCCGAGCAGCUCCUCGCCCUCAAAGAAGGCCUCGUGCACCCCGACCCCGCCGUCCUCUUCCACACCUGCCACAGCAUAGCCCAGAUUAUUGCCAAGCGCCUCCCGCCAGAGCAACUCAUCAGCCUCCUGCUGACCUUGUUUGAGAGUCUGGGAGACCCGGACAAGAACUGUUCGAGGGCGGCUACCAUCAUGGUCAACUGCCUGCUGAGGGAGCGAGGGAGCAUGCUCCAGGAGAAGGUGCCCGAGAUCGUGAGUGUUCUGCGCUCGAAGCUGCAGGAGACCCGAGAGGAGCACGUCCUGCAGGCCGCACAGCACAGCGUGUACCUCCUGGCGUCCCAGCACUGCGCGGCCGUGGUGUCCAGCCUCCUGGGCGGCCCCCUGCCCUUUGACAGCCACACCUGCACCCUGUGGCGGGCGCUGGCCCUGGAGCCCAGCCUCACCACACAGGUCCUGGGGCUGCUCCUGGAGAAGAUGAGCAGGGACGUCCCGUUCAAGGAGACCCGGGCCUUCCUGCUAAGCAGCUCUCCUGGCCGCGAGGCCACGCUGCUGCCCCUUGCGGCCACGUGUGCCCUGCACGAGGUCCUGAGCGCCCUGGAGUCUGGGCCCGCGGUGCUCGAGCUGUACCCACAGCUGUUUGCCGCGCUCCUGCUGCGGGUCAGCUGCACCCUGGGCGUCCUGCUGCCCCGGAGCCUGCAGGCCAAGGAGAGGAGGAGCGUGGGCUCGGCUGUGGCCCCCAGGAGCCUCGAGCCCUGCAGCUGCGCGGUGGAUGCUCUGCAGGCUAUGCUGCUCCGGGGGGGUAAUGAGGACGUGGUGCGGCGUGUGGAGCUGGAGGGGGGCUGGCAGCUGCUCAGGACCUCGGCAGGACACGAGGAGGGGGUCACCCGGCUGGCCAGCGCCAUGGCCAAGUGUGCAGGCCCCCGGCUGCCCCUGGUGAUGAAGGCGCUCGUGUGCACACAGAGCAGUGUGUAUGAGAUCCAGAGGGUCACCUCCACGGCGUUCCUGGCCGAGCUGCUCAACAGCAACGUGGUGAACGACCUGAUGCUUCUGGAGUCGCUGCUGGACAACCUGGCGGCGCGGCAGAAGGACACGAGUGCCAGCGUGCGGCGGCUGGUGCUGCGAGGCCUGGCCAACAUCGCCUCCAGCUCCCCGGAGAAGGUGCAGGCCCACGGCCCCCAGCUCCUGACAGCCAUGAUCGGCGGGCUGGACGACAGGGACGACCCUCACAGCCUGGUGGCCCUGGAGGCCAUGGUGGGCCUGGCAAGGCUCCUGGAGCUGGUGAAGCGCCAGGACCUGCGCUCCGUGCUGCUGCACGUUGCCAUCCGGAUCCGGCCCUUCUUCGACAGCGAGAAGACGGAGCUCCGCUCUGCGUCCAUCCGCCUCUUCGGGCACCUCAACCAGGUGUGCCACGGGGGCUGUGAAGACGUCUUCCUGGAGCAGGUUGUUGCUGGGCUGGUGCCCCUGCUGCUGCACCUGCAGGAUCCCCAAGCCCCUGUGACCAACGCCUGCAGGUUCGCCCUGCGCCUGUGCGGCCCCAACCUGCAGCAUGACGAGCUGGCGGCCGUCUUCCAGAAGCACCUACAGGAGGGCCGGGGCCUGCACUUCGGGGAGUUCCUCAACGCCACCUGCAAGCUCCUGAUGUACCACUUCCCGGAACUGCUGGGCCGCCUGGCGGCCACCAGCCUCUUCUACUUCAAGAGCAGCUGGGAGGACGUCCGUGCUGCCGCCCCCAUGCUCAUGGGGUUCCUGGUGCUGCACGCGGAGCCGGAGCACCAGCCACAGGUGGACCUGGAGCAGAUCACGGCAGUGGCUCCCCGUCCCCCAGCGCUGCAGCUCCUGCUCAAGGACCCAGCCCCCCUGGUGCGCGCGAAGGCUGCCGAGACCCUGGGGCGCCUGGUCAAGUUCGCCUGAGGCUCCCGCAGCAGUGCCAGCCCGGGUCUGCGCCUGAACCCCCACGAUGGGGCCCUGAGGAGCUCCCUGCUACCAAGGGUCCAACCCCUGCCAUUCCAGACAAGGCCCCUGGAGGCCGGGAGGGCAGGCAAGCUGCUGUAACCCCUGGUUUCUAAUAAAGCCAUCCGCUCCUCAGCA